GAGUAGUCAGUCGCUUGGAGUCUGCACGUGAGUUAGGUGUGUGUGAGAAGCCAGUGGAUGUGUCGAUACCAAUGAAAAUGGUUGCUCGUUAGCGUACGUGGUUUAACCGCAGUGUUGAUUUACCGGUACAGUGAUAUUUCAUCAUCAGAAUAUGAUGCUAGGUGAAAAAAAAAUUCGACCUCUUUCUACUACAGUCUUAUAGGUUUUAUCGACGAGCCUGAGAAUCGGCUAUGGAGUCUAUGGAGCCGCGCUUAGUUGCGCAAGCGUUGAAUUACCAUGGGCAGCAGUUACAGAAGGUGUGGGAAGGGGAGCGGAACGAGAACGAAUUGACCCUGCUAAACCUUAAGGAACCUAGUUUUGAGAUUUACCAGCAGCGGCAAAAAACGCUUAGUUUUAGUGAUAGGGGUAAAAGAUUGAAACUCCAGCAAUUUAUCGCUAAGAAGGCAGAUGCGCUUUAUGACAAAGCUAACUUGGACAAGCCUGCUCAACCAAUCAAACAAGACUUUGGCGAUGAGGGUAAAUAUCAAAAAUAUUAUGCGACUAUGCCAGGACUAGAUUCUUUCGUUACGAUGGAGAAAUCGCAGAGGAUUCGUAAUUUUUUAGAGAGUUUGGCCGUCGGUGAUAUUAUUUACUCGCAAGUUAUGGGUAAAAGUGCUGCGGGUCUUCUGCUUAAAAUUCUUUGCAACUGCAGCGACUGCCCUAGAGUAGUUACAGACCUUGGAGUAAAGGCUUUGAUAUUGAAUACGGCCACAGUGCCGGCAGUGGACAAGAAGGGUGUUACACGGGGCUACAUGGCCAACGAUCUCGUCUGCGUCGCAGUGAGUGAGGUUAACGUUGAAGCGGAACGUGUCGUUGCCGUUAUGAAUGAACCUGCCCGAGAAUCCCAAGCUCCGCACCCUCCUAUGGGCCUUAUUCAUUCUGAUGAUCUUCCCGAAGCUUACAAGAAAUUUAUGGACAACAAGGGACAGAGUUAUGAAACGAUGUUGGAGAGUAGCACUGGCUUCAACAACCCCAACAACACUAAAUAUCUUUGCAACUUGAUGGGUCUUGCACAAGAAAAUCAUUCCAACAUGGUUGGACUCAGGGAAAGAUUCCCUGAGUCUGAAUAUGCCAAUGAGUUGAGACAGACGCAGGCCAGUAAGUGGGCAUUCCGAAGUGUCGCCGAAGGCAUAGAUCACUUCAAGACUGGGCGUCACACCGAAGCUUUCCAAUGCCUGAACAAAGCUUUGACUGUAGAUCCCCGAAACGUUGAAGGACUGGUGGCUCGAGGGGCACUGUACGCCAACGGUGGAAGCUUUAAGAAAGCAAUCGACGAUUUUGAGACCGCCUUAAAGCUCAACCAAACCCAUGCAAACGCUCGUAAAUACAUGGCCGAAACACUUGUGGCGUUGGGUCGGAGUUACGAGGAUGAAAACAAUUUCGAAGAAGCUCGAAAGGCCUACGAGAAUUGUUUGGCAAUAGCACCUUACCACGAGGAAGCGAGAAAUUCCAUUGAGUACAUAAAAACUAAAACACUGACAGUCGGGCUGAAUCCUUUGGAUACGUUUAAGACUUUUGAAACCGAAGAAGUACCCGAAAACAAAACAAAAGAGAAGAAGAAACGCAAAAAGGAGAGAAAGUCCCGUUCAAAGAAAAGACAGAGGUGGAGUUCAAGCUCCAGUUCAUCUUCCAGUGGCUCGUCUAGCUCCUCGAGCUCAGACUCGAGCAGCUCCUCAUCGUCUGGUACUUCUAGGUCUGGAUCAAGGUCCCCGAGUCGCAAAAGAAAGCACAAGAAAGAUCACCGCGGAUCUUUGUCACCGCUUAGCAAACGCAUGGCUCAAUACAAUAAUCCACCUGCUGCCAUUGUCGCGGCUCACGAUGCCGCUGUUCCCUUACCCUAUACAGGUUCUAGGGACAAGUCGGACGACUACGAAACCAAAGUGCGAAAGUUCUUGGAGCAAACUAAGGACGACUCUGACUACGAAGACAAGGUACGGAAGUUUUUGGAGGAGACUGCUCGCUGGAAGAGAGAACGGGAGAAAGAUAAAAAGCACUCGGAGAGUGAGAAAAUGAAGAAAAAGAAGAAGAAAGAGAAGAAGGGAAAGGAUAAAGACAAAGAUGAUAAGAAAACUAGAAAGAAAAAGAAGAAGGAAGAGCGUAAGAAACGCAAGAGCAAAGACAAACUCGAACGCGACUUGGAAGCCCUUCGGAAAUCUUCGCUCCCCGAUCUAGAACAGCUUGAAUCAAAACUGAGCGCCUACUACGCGAAAGUUGAAAAAGAAACGGCUGUAUUGAAGAGCAACGCAGAGAAACUUGCUGAAAGCACACGUAGAGAAGAGGAAAUUCGUAGAGAAAGAGAACGAGAAAGGGAGAGAGACGAAGCUGCUAAAGCCUAUCAUGAACGAGAGCCAAGGGCGCCGCUGACUGCGCAACAACGCAAAGAUAUUCAAAGGAAACCAAUUACAGAUAUAUUUGAGCAAGAAGCUCAGCUGAUUCAUCCAGAAACAAAAUUAACGUUGGAUACAGCUGCUCUCAACGCCAAAUGGAAGGCUGCCCAGGCGGCUAGAUACGUCAACAAACAAAAAGAAGCGCACGUGCAGAAGUGGCAGGACAUUCAACCGGAUAAAAAGCCGCCACUUAAGUUAGACAGCGACGAAGAUGGAGAUAACGAGCACGAAGAAAAGCUACAGAGAGCGGCACUGGAGAAAUCGUUGAACAUAAGAAAGCAAAUGCAACGUGAAUUGGCCGAAAAAAGAGCCACAACGCAGCCGUUGGUUCAGCCAACACCGCCGCCUCCGCUGCCAAAGGAACCGCCGCUACCGAAACAGGUUCCAGUCAAGUACCCGACUCCCCAGCCCCAAAACAAAUUCCAGUCUUAUAAAGAGGCCUCGCUGUCCACUUUGCCAUCUUCUCUGCCCUCGAGUAAAUUCUCCUCUGGUGCACUCGGCGGUAAGUUCCAGCCGAUCGGUCAAACGAACAGCGGCAAUGUCCAUCCGCCAGAACCGCCUGGUCCUCGACCGCCGGCUGCGAAAACUCACAGCAGCCAAGCGAAGGGUCCGAGAACCGAUUCAGACAGUGAAAACGACCGCCGGAGGCGCGGUGACAUGAAGAAGCGAGAGUCUCUUGGUCGAGGCGGCGGUGGUGGUGGCGGUGGAACGGCCGGUGACGGGAAUUCGAAGAGAAUAAGUCGCGACCGCCCUGCUAAGCGGAAUACGCGAAGUCGAUCACGCAGUGGAUCGAGUUCUGGAUCGUCGCGGUCGCGGUCUGGCAGACGAUCGCGGUCCAGGUCGUACUCGGGGCGUAGAUCCGGUAGCUACGAGCGUAAAUAUAGCCGCUCGCCGUCCGGUUCGUACAGCAGAUCGAGGUCCAGGUCGCGGUCACGGUCCUACACGAGAAGCCGUAGCCGCAGCAGGUCGGGAGACCGCGGUUACUAUAGGAAACGGCAGUUCAGACCGUACAACAACAGAGGAACAUACUACAAGCCGCGGUUCCAGGGUUUCAACAACCAGAACCAUCGGGGCGGUGGAAACUUCCAGAACAGGAACAGGUUCUACAACAACAACCAGCACAACAACCGUUUCGGAAACCGGCGAGGCGGAGGCUUCAACAACCGCGGAGGUGGUCGCGGUAGGGGCGGGGGAAACAGGGGUGGCCGAUUUUUCCACGGUAAACAAAACUUCCGGGACUUCCGGGACCGGCGAGACUUCAGGGACAGGCGAGGAUCGUCGCGCGAUAGAUACAGCGACAGAAGCUACUCACCCGAUCCGAUGCGAAAGGUAGACGAGGCCAAAGAGAAGAUAAACAAGAUGCUCGAGGGCGGGAACGAGGCCGGGGAUCGGGAGAGAGACUCCCAGCGGGAUAGAGAGAGGGAGCGAGGCGAGCAGCAGGGUGGCGGGGGCUCCGGCCUCCCGCAAGGCAAAAGACAGGACGGCCCUCUGAGCGAGGGGGAGGAGAGGGACGAUGAUGACUACGAGAGGUGGGGGGAAGGGGAGGGGGGCGAGUCAGCUAACAACAAGAACGACGACGACGACCAUGACGACGAGGCUUUCCCACCCGGUACCACUGGCGACGCUAGCCUGGAAGGAAAGGAUAUCUUCAUUGAGCGAAUGAAGCAACGAAGCAAGAAUGUUUUAAUGCAGAGAGCCCUCGCAGCCAAGAUCUGGUAGACAACAGACCGACACACUUGUAACUCCACCGCCGCCUCGCCUCACCCCGCCUUCUCGCCCACUCUCAUUUUGACUAUAUUCUGCCGAUGCCGAGCAAGAGAGCCUCCCAUAACAGAGGAAGCGAUUAGUCACCUUUGCUAUGAGUUCUCAAAGACCGUGAACAAAACACACCUUAACUCAAACGACGCAGAGUAACACUGGAAAAUAUUCCCGCCUUCAUUCAUCGUUCAUUUUUUCCUUUAUUUCAUAUUCUCGUUCUCUAGCACUCAAACAGCUCGUUAAAACUUUUAUCGUCAUACUUAAAAAAAUGGAAAACACUUCCGUUGCUGCGAUAUUUAAUACUCUGUAUGGGUUUUUCGUCAAACGCGAUUAUAUUAUAUUCUUAUGUUAUUACAGGGAAAGUAUUUCCAUGCAUUGAAUCCGAAUCAAAACAAAGUAACAAAAAAGUCCAGACACAAUCAUUAUUUUUCUAUUUUAGUUUUAUGAUCAUUUCAAGACCUCAUUUUAAUACUCGUUCGAACAGAUUUUUUUCUUCGUCAUUCGUUUUCGGGAAAAAGUUUUGCUUGUCAUUGCUUCGUUUUUUUUUUUUUUUUGAAUCACCAAUCUUCUCUAAUGCAACAAGAUUAUUUAGAUGAUACAGCCUGCUUGGGGCAAAUAAUAUUGUUACACUAAUUCAGAAGCUUUCUCGAGUGAAAAAACCACGGACGAAUGAACCUUUGACACGAAGACAGCGGAAUGUAACCGAAAUCAAAUAUUAAUCUGCCCGAUUGGAAUUUACACUCGUUCAUUUUUUUGUCCGUUCUAUCAUAUUUCGUGAUUUUACUUUUUUCAAUUUCUCAUGUUGAGAUUUUCAUUUUUCGUAUUAAUUCCGCAGAGAUUCCUGCGUUGUUUUAUGUAAUUAUGCCUGUCGAGUAUGUUGCCAAAAUGAGGCCGUUUGGGGGAACACACGAGUCUGUCUCCGACUUGAAUAAUUGUAAAACUCGAAAGCGUUCGUUUUACCUUUCAGAACAUUGAUUGAUACCAUCCAAUGAUCGAAAUAGUUUCCAAAACUUCCGAUUGAGCAUGGUGAAUUUCCGGGCACUUAACAACUAAGCGACUAAACCUGACUUGCUCGUUAUUUUUUUUUCUUGUGUAUAUUUCUCCUUUCCUGUCGAAUUACCCAUUUGACGAAAUUACGAUUCAAAUCGGUGUAAUAUUAUAAUUACCAUAAUAAAUGGCGAAUAGAAUUUACGAUAUACAUAUGUAAUCACAAUUUAUUGUAAAAAAAACUUGAAGAAAAUAACAUCUAACAAAAAGACUUGAAAGCCUCUCAAAAUAUAUAUCACACAUAAUACCAACUUCUUGCACACCGGCAAUAUUUAGUCCCAAUGACCAUUCAGAGUUGCUUCAAUUCUUCCAUUUUCAUCAAAUAUUCUCCGUACCUACGUUCUUUGCUCUCGUUACCUAAUAUUACUCAAUUAAGAACCUUUAUUACUGCUACACUUAUUUAUACUUGCUGCGUGAGCCCUGAAAAGUUUAGAAUUGUAUAAUUUGCACAGAGCGUGAAAAUAUAGUAGCGGUAGGAAAAAAAAUUAGAAUAUGUCUAGAAGAAUGAUCUUAAUUAAGGUAAGUAGAAUAUUACAUAUAUAGUAAGAUUUUAUUUACUAUUGUGCAUUCAAAGGAGAAACCGUUAUCUCAUAGUUUAAUAUAUUUACAUUAUUAAUAAUAACAAGGAAUGUUGUAAGGUUUAUGGGUCACAUGAGAUAAAAAAUUAACUCCGGUAAAUUCGGAUUCUUAAAACAGGCUGACUGCGGUAAUUUGUCAUCGUACUGUGUAUUCAGCUGAUCGUUUUAGGUCAAUUUAGCAAAUGUCAAGUCACAGAAAAUAUCGAACGAGCUAUUAGACUCUCGUUGUGACAUUAAAGUUAAUGUAAAGUAAAA